CAGACUGAAAUCACCAUAGCUUUGCAGUUCCUUUUCUACUUUCGCUUUCUACCUUGGUGAAGGCAUCGAGAGAGACACAUUUCACUUCAGCGUCCAACAAAAAAUAAACACCAUAUUGGCAGAAAUACGGAAGGAAAGACCAGGAUUCAGCUCUUUGUCUCUGUAAUUUCUUACUAAGAAUUAAUUUUGCAGUCUCAUCACUGAAAGAGUCACUGACAAUGUAAACUAAUUAGAGGAGAAUGGAUGAGGAUUUUAGAAAACCUGGGAACACGAGAGAGAGCUCAAAACUGUUCCAAAGCUUAUUUCCAGGAUGUGUCAGAUCAAGUUACAAUGAAGAUGAAGAUUCUCUCAUUCUGCCACAGCUCCAGAGCCAGCUCCCCUCUCCCUGGUUUUAUUGUUUUCUUCCUUAUUUGUUAUGUUCACAGGAUGGAAUCAGCACAGUUCACAGUGAUUGGACCCCAUGACCCUGUCACUGCCAUCCUGGGUCAGGAAGCCGUGUUACCCUGUCACCUGUCCCCCCGGAUGAGCGCUGCAAACAUGGAAGUGAGAUGGUUCCGAUCUGAGUAUUUAUCCAUUGUGCACCUGUAUCGUGCUAAGGAUCAGUAUGAUGGGCAGAUGCCACAGUAUCAGGGAAGGACGGAGCUUUUGAAAGCCGGACUCACAGAUGGGAAUGUUUCCUUGAGGAUUCUCAAUAUCAGACGCUCUGAUGAAGGACAAUACCACUGCUUUGUUCAAGAUGAUACUUUUUAUGAAGAAACCGUAUUGGAACUGCGAGUAGCAGGUCUGGGCUCUGCUCCUCUCAUCUCUGUUGAGGGUCACCAGGAUGGAGGGAUCCGGGUGGUUUGUCGAUCAGCUGGUUGGUACCCAGAGCCUGAGAUACAGUGGAAAGGUCUCAAUGGGCGACGUUUACCAUCACUCUCUGAAACUAAAUCCCAAGGGUAUAACAACCUGUUUGAAACAGAAACUGUGAUCAUUGUAACAGAACAGUCAAACCAAAACUUGUCCUGUU